AAGCAGAGUAGGGCGGGACUUGGGUGCACGUUCUUAUAAGAAGAGAGGCUAUUCAGUAGACCACAGUGUCGCGGGGAGUGCGAGAUGAAGUAGCCUACUACGGACUCGGAGUAUACACUUCUGUCACUCGCCUGAUGAUCAUUGAUGAUGGUGUCGUGAAAUCACGGAGCGUUAGAAAAUGAAAACAAAGAAAUCUCGAUCAAGAUAUACGUGGUUGGCUACUAUGUGGUGUUCUCAAAGGCGGAGGCACAACAUAGGCUACAGGCUGAUGCUGACAGGGUUUACUUGCGCUAAACUUUUUGGAAUGAGAGGGCCCAGAAUCAACAUGUGACAUCAUACUUAGCAACCGAAUAGAAGUGGUGUAGGUUCAGUGAUUACUGGCCAAUCCUAACAAAGGAGCUGCCUUCAGUGGGGGAACCGGUGGACGAGACCCCCCCCCACAGCCCCCCAGCCAGAGCGGCACUGCUACCACCACGGCUUACAGAACAUGUUCCCAUUCUGCAUGCCAUCAGGGUCCCACCCUUUGGACAAUGCAGGGUUUUUCUCCUUUGCCUCCUUCUCCUGGAUGACGCCCGUUAUGUGGAGAAUUUUACGGAACCGUCUAGACCAAAGCUCUCUGAUCAUCUCGCCACACGACGGAGCCAGGACCAAUGGGGACCGGUUAGAGCAUUUGUGGCAGGAGGAGGUGUCUCGUGUGGGACUGAAGAAAGCGUCUCUGGGGAGGGUGAUGCUGCGCUUCCAGAGGACCCGCCUCAUCCUCAGUGUCCUCUCCUCCUUCCUCCUGACGGUAGUGCUCUUCUUGGGGCCGGCUGUGUUGGUGUAUGAGAUCCUGAGCUAUGUGGACACUCCAGGUCAGUACUCUUUGAGCUACGGUUUGGGGAUGUGCUUCGCCCUGUUCAGCUCGGAGGUCUGCAGAACCUUCCUAUAUUCAUUGACAUGGGCCAUCAGCCUGCGCACGGCCACUCGCGUCAAAGGGGCCUUCUCCAUGCUCGCUUUCAGGAAGAUCAUCAACUUGAGAAUCAUCACCGGUGUGUCUGUGGGACAGAUCAUUAACGUGUUGACGGUGGACAGCUACCGGAUGUUUGAGGCAGUGGUGUACGGUUCCUAUAUGCUGUCCGGCGUGCUGUUGGCACUUCUGCUCUGCAUCUCCUACUCCUGUUACAUCCUCGGAUACACCGCCCUCAUCGGAAUCUCCGUCUACCUGGGCUUCAUCCCCAUACAGUUCUGUGCUGCCAAGGUGAUAAACGUCUUUCGGAGGAGGGCUGUUGUGGUAACUGACAGCCGAGUGCGCACCAUGAAUGAAGUUCUCACCUGCAUCAAACUCAUCAAGAUGUACGCCUGGGAAGAGUCCUUUGAGAAGAAGAUCACAGAAAUCCGUAUGAAAGAGAGGAGCCUGCUUCAGAAGGCGGGUUAUGUGCAGAGUAUGAACACUGCAAACACGGCCAUCGUCCCCACCCUGGCAACCAUCCUCACGUUUAUUGUACACACACUCCUCGGACUCCCCCUGGACCCCUCCACGGCUUUCACCAUCAUGGCUGUCUUUAACACAAUGAAUUUCUAUUUGGCCUUUAUGCCCUACUUUAUCAAAUGUCUAGCGGAGGGCAUUGUGUCCCUUUCAAGACUCAAGAAGCUGCUGUUGCUGCAGAACCCUGAGUCUUAUCUGACCCAGAAGAAGGGGCUAGGAGCGGCUCUGAUGAUGGAGAACGCCUCCUUCUGCUGGAAGUCACCUGACAGCUCACCUGAGAACACGAACAAUGAAACACACACCUCAGAGAACAAACUCACCCUCAGAAACAUCAGCUUCACCCUGCCCAAGGGAAACCUGCUUGGAGUUUGUGGAAAUGUGGGCAGUGGAAAAACAUCACUCAUAUCCAGCGUCCUAGAACAGAUGCACCUGCUGAAGGGAUCCGUGAUUGCAGACGGGACAUUUGCCUACGUUUCCCAGCAGGCCUGGAUCUUCCACGGAUCCGUGAGGGACAACAUCCUCAUGGGACAGCCUUUCAACCAGCAAAGGUAUAAUGACGUCAUCAACGUAUGCUCCCUCAAGCCAGACUUGGCCAUACUCUACUAUGGUGAUGAAACUGAGAUUGGUGAGCGUGGGCUGAACCUGUCGGGCGGUCAGAAGCAGCGGAUCAGUCUGGCCCGAGCGGUCUACUCAAACCGGGACAUCUACCUGCUGGACGACCCGCUGUCUGCAGUGGACGCUCACGUGGGCAAACACAUCUUUGAGGAGUGUGUGAAAAAAGCCCUGAAGGGCAAGUCUGUCAUCCUGGUCACACACCAGCUACAGUACCUGGAGUUCUGUGACGACGUGAUGCUUCUUGAGAACGGUGAGAUUAAAGAGGCGGGGACACACACGUCUCUGAUGAAGGCCCAGGGGCGCUACGCACAGCUCAUCAACAACUUCCAGCUGGAGCAGACGCAUGAGGAAAGUAAGGAACCACCAGCUGAUCUGCAGCAAAUUGAGGUUCCAGAGCUGACUGCAGACAAACACGAGAACAACGGAGUCAUCAACCCUGAGAUUCAACAGCUGAUCAAACAGGAGGUCACUCAGGAGGGAUCAGUGACAUGGCGAACAUAUCACCAGUACUGCAAAGCUGCAGGAGCCGCAUUGGGAGCAGUAGCAUCCACAGACCCAACUACAGACCCUCUUCUCACCUACUGGGAGCACAGACCCAACUACAGACCCAACUACAGACCCUCUUCUCACCUACUGGUAGCACAGACCCAACUACAGACCCUCUUCUCACCUACUGGGAGCACAGACCCAACUACAGACCCUCUUCUCACCUACUGGGAGCACAGACCCAACUACAGACCCUCUUCUCACCUACUGGGAGCACAGACCCAACUACAGACCCUCUUCUCACCUACUGGGAGUUAUAUCCUUCUCUUUUUCAUAAUGUUGAGUUUUGUUCUGCUGGUGGGGACAACGGCCUUCAGCAACAUGUGGCUAAGCUACUGGCUGGAACAAGGAUCAGGGAGCUGUGCUAACUCUACUCUUGAGGGGGCGUCUGCAGGAGACAUCUCCCUGAACCCAGACCUCCAUUUUUACCACAUGGUCUACGGCCUCUCUGUGGUUGCCAUGAUAAUGUUCAGCCUCAUCAAAGGCUACUCCUUCACCAAGGUGACGGUACACGCUUCCUCCAAACUCCACGACACCAUGUUCCACAAGAUCCUGUUCAGUCCGAUGAGCUUCUUUGACACGACGCCCACAGGCCGCAUGGUGAACCGGUUCUCCAAGGACCAGGAUGAGCUGGACACGGCCCUGCCAAUCAACAUGGACAGCUUGCUGCAGUGCUACCUCAUGAUCAUCUUCACCCUCAUCAUCAUCUCUGCUGCGUUCUCCUACAUGCUCACGGUCCUGGCUGUCCUCGGACCAGUCUUCGCUCUCAUCUUCUAUAUGUCCCAGCAGAGCAUCCGUAAGCUGAAGCGUUUGGAGAACGUGAGCCGGUCACCAUGGAUCUCUCUCACUACCUCAGUCAUCCAAGGCCUCAGUACUAUACACGCCUACGACAAGAGAGAGCAGUACAUCGAGCAAUUUGAACACAUGGUGGACACCAAUUCGAACCACUUCCUGCUGUUUCAAUGUGGCAUGCGCUGGCUUUAUUUCCGGUUGAGCUUAAUGUCUUCCUCAGUCAUCCUGGCGGUGGCGCUGUUCGUAGUGCUCAGCCCAGACACCAUCAGCCCCUCCUUGAAGGGCCUGGCCCUCACCUAUACUAUAGAGCUCACUGUAUUGCUGUUCUACAUGGUGACGUUGUCUUCAGAAGUAGAGGCCAGAUUUACCUCUGUUGAGAGGCAGAUGGAGUACAUCACGGGUUGUGUAUCGGAGGCUCCUCGACUUGUGAAGGGGGUUCACAUUCCGGAAGGUUGGCCCCAACAAGGUUCCAUCACUUUCAAGGACUACAGCAUGCGUUACCGUGACAACACACCCAUCGUGCUCAAUAGUCUACGCUUCACCGUCAAGCCCAAAGAGAAGCUCGGCAUUGUGGGAAGGACUGGAUCUGGUAAGUCGUCUCUGGGCGUGGCGUUGUUCCGCCUGUCUGAGCCAGCAGGGGGCACUAUGUUGAUAGACGAUGUGAACACCAGUUCCAUCGGCCUGCAGGACCUCAGGAGUCAGCUGUCCGUCAUCCCACAGGACCCAGUGCUCUUCAUAGGAACAGUCAGGUAUAACCUGGACCCGUUUGAUAAGUACAGUGAUGAGGAGAUCUGGCAGGCGGUGGAGAAGACCUACAUGAAACCCACGAUUUCACAGCUCCCUGAGGGUCUAGAGGCUCCAGUGGUGGAAAAUGGAGAAAACUUCUCAGUGGGGGAGAGACAGCUGCUGUGUAUGGCCAGAGCACUGCUGAGGAACUCUAGAAUCAUCUUGCUGGAUGAGGCCACGGCCUCUAUUGACUCGGAGACGGACUCUCUGGUGCAGCAGACCAUCCGGGAGGCCUUCAGGGACUGUACCGUCCUCACCAUCGCCCACCGCAUCAACACAGUCUUACAAAGUGACCGCAUCCUCGUCAUGGACAAUGGACAGGUGGCAGAACUGGAUCCUCCAGAGGUUCUGUUGCAGCGGCCAGACUCUCUGUUCUCCUCCCUACUGGCAGCAGCCAACCAGGUCAACACGUGAUGAUGGACACACACACAAACAUCCUCCAGACCCUUCCACAUAUUGACUGCACCCUGUAUUUUAAUGUUUUUUAAGGUCUUUUAAUUAUUCUAUUUUGUGUACUUUACUUUUUAAUUAUUCGUUUUUGCCUAUUGCUUACACACUUGUGUUAUCACAAUACCAAAAUUAUGACUGCGAUACAAAACCUGCCAUAAAUAUUCCGGCAAAAUCUUAAAAUACCUGGAGAAGAAAGGACGCAGACCUCCAUGUGUACGGAGUCAUUUGUGUGUAAUUUGGUGCACUUUGGUAGUGUGCAGGUUUAAACUUCUUACAUGUUUAUUAUUUUUAUUGAGUUAAGUGGCGGCUCCAACAGCAUGAAGCACCAGUCAUAAUAUACCUCGUUUGAAAGCUGAGUCUCAGGAAUCGAUACAUGUUAAGCUUUCUAUGUCAAAAAUUGUUUUGAUUAAUAUCACAAAAUGAAUCAAAUGAAUGACACAGGCACGCACAAUUUCAAAUAAAAGGACACUUUCGCUUUU